AUGUGGUAUUUUUUAUCUCUAUUACUGGCUUUGUCAGUAUCGUGUGAAAACUUUCCAUUCAUGAAUCCAAGUCUGCCGUGGGAAGAACGAGUGGAAGAUCUUCUCGGACGAUUAACUUUGGACGAAAUACAGGAUCAAUUGGCUACGGGUUCUGGACCAUCACCUAACAUCUCUCGACUAGGGAUUGGACCGUUUCAGUGGUGGAGUAACUGUGGACGAGGAGAUGUGAGGGCUGGGAAUGCUACUUCCUUUCCAGAAUCUUUGGGAUUAGCUGCUGCAUUCAGUCCAGAACUAUUGUUCGAUGUCACCAAGGUUACCGCUUUGGAAACCAGGGCCAAGAACAACUAUUUUGAGAAGCAUGGAAAAUUUGGUAUCCAUCAGGGGCUGAGUUGUUUCAGUCCAAAUCUAGAUAUUUACAGAGAUGCCCGAUGGGGGCGAAACGAGGAAACAUGGGGUGAGGACCCAUACAUGGCAGAGAUAUACGCUCGAGCAUUUGUUACUUCUCUUCAAGGAGACGAUCCUCGUUAUGCUUUAGUUACAGCGACCUGUAAGCAUUAUACUGCUUCCGGUGGUCCGGAUUCAUACCCUGAGAAUAGGUUUACUUUUGAUGCAAAGGUAUCAAUGCGAGAUUUACAGAUGACAUUUUUACCAGGGUUUAAGGGGUGUAUUGAUGCUGGUAGUUACGGACUACUCUGUGCUUAUAACAAGAUUAAUGGUAUACCAGCCUGUGCUAAUAAAGAGACAUUGAAUGAUAUAUUACGGACUGACUGGGGAUUUAAAGGAUAUGUUAUCAGUGAUGUAGCGGCUAUCGAGAACAUGAUCUUCACUCAACAUUACUACAAUAAUACAGUCGAUACGGUGGCUGGUAGCAUCAAUGGGGGCUGUAAUAUCAACGCUGCGUCCAACUCUCAACCUAAUCAUACCAACGCUUAUUAUUCUAUGGUUCAGGCUGUACGAGAAGGUAAACUAACAGAACAAACAGUUCGUGAAUCCAUGAAGCAAACGUUAUAUACUCGAUUCCGAUUGGGUGAAUUCGAUCCCCCAGGGAUGAAUCCAUACAAAAAAUUGGAUCCUUCAAUCAUCCAAUCUCCAGACCAUCAACUCUUGUCUGUAGAAGCUGCACUGAAGACGUUUGUUUUGUUAAAGAAUCGAGGAAAUUUCCUUCCGAUGAAGCAAACAAAGUAUGACAAUGUAGCGAUCAUUGGACCAAUGAUAAACAAUCCAAAAGCCCAGACCGGAAAUUACUCUCCUACCAUCAUGCCUACCUAUACCACCACCCCACUGGAAACUUUAUCUAAAUAUUUAGCUCAUUCUGUCACAUCAACUAAUGGUUGUCUUGGUGAUAAUAAUUGUUUACAAUAUAACCAGACGGCGGUUAUUCAGGCCGUUCAAAACUCUGAUGCCAUCAUCGUCUGCCUUGGUUUAGGAAAUGACGUAGAACAAGAAGGAAAUGACAGAAGAAAUAUAUCUCUACCAGGACAUCAACUGGAUAUUCUGAAAGAUGCUGUAGCACAUAGUCCAGCGUCUACCCCCAUCGUUUUGAUAAUGUUUAAUGGUGGAGCAGUAGAUCUGCGAUGGCCCGAUGGUGAAGACCGUGUAACUUCUAUACUGGAGGUGUUCUAUCCAUCACAAGCUACUGGUAAAGCUGUGUACAAUGCCCUGGUGAUGGGCGGUGGUAGUUUGAGUGUCCCUGCUGGACGGUUACCUAUAACAUGGCCAAUGAGUGAUGAUCAGAUUCCACCAAUAACCAACUUUACGAUGGAAGGAAGAACAUAUCGUUAUUCACCACCAGAACCUCUCUAUCCAUUUGGUUACGGUCUAUCUUACACCACAUUCCACUAUUCUAAUCUGACCUAUUCUGAUUCUAUAGCAGCUGGGGUCAACUUUACUGGAUCGGUUCAGGUCCAGAAUACUGGAAAUAUCGACGCCGAUGAGGUAAUACAAGUAUAUUUCUCGUGGAACAGACCCUCAGUACCAGCGCCUAAAAUACAACUAGGUAACUUUACCCGUAAGUUGAUACCAGCAGGCUCGACUGUUACUGUCCAGUUUACUAUACCAGCUAGAAUUAUGGCUUUAUGGGUAGAUGAUUCUACUGGCUGGAAAAUAGAAUACGGAACGUAUAAUUUCUAUGUUGGUGGUCAACAACCAAACCAGAAGAAAAAUGUCGGUUCAAAUGUACUGAAAGGAUUCUUUACCAUAUUUGCAGAUAAAUAUUUAGGACGAUCUAGAUAGGAUAAAUUCUAUAUGGCUUGUAAUAACGGCUCUGUAAACUGUCCAUUUUGCUAUGAUUAUAUUACCCCUUAAUUUGAUCCAAAAUAGAAAAUUUGCUCCGAUCUUG